CCUUUUUUUUUAAAAAAAAAAAAAGUUUCUUUUUGUUUCCCUUUUCUCUUACCUCGCUUUUUCCGCCCUCCACCACACCCCCCACAGCACCACCAACAAUAGCAACAACAACAACAAAAAAACAUAUAUUCCCUUUUUCCCCCAGCAAAACCAGCACACAGCAAACAGAAAUCUGAAUGGCGGGCGGCAUGGUUCAAUCGUACGGGUACCUUGGCGCCGCUGGUUCGGCUGCAGCAGGUCCUAGUACCACCACCACUACCACCACCACGAGCCAGAUUGUGUCUCGAGCAGUAGCAGCAGCAGCUGCCAACAAUCAUCAUUCCGGUCGAAAAAGUGGACGUACUUCAAAACGUUAUUCAGUUUCGGCAUUCUAUUCCAUGGCAGCUGAACAAGACAAUGAAGUCGAAGAUGAACUCGCUCAGGCUCAACGGCGAUUACGGGAUCUCAAAAGUAAAAUCUCGGCACAGUCAAAAAAGAACUUUGUAUUAGAACGUGAUGUCCGUUAUCUGGAUUCGCGUAUCGCAUUACUUAUCCAAAACCGUAUCGCUCUCAGUGAGCAAAAUGAAAUGGUUGCUCAUUUUGAGGAGCAUGGAGAAGGGGAUAGCGAUUCCUAUCCAGACGAUCGUAAAAUCCAACUGAUUGGCAACUUAUUUUUCAUCCUACAAAGCGAACCUCGGCAUAUUGCGACAUUGUGCCGGUUGGUCAGCUUGGCCGAGAUCGACUCAUUGCUGCAAACCGUCAUGUUCACGCUCUACGGUAAUCAAUACGAAAGUCGUGAAGAACAUUUAUUGCUGACCAUGUUCCAGAACGUUCUGGCAGCACAAUUCGAAACAUCAACCGAGUUUGGUUCUUUACUUCGAGCAAACACACCUGUGUCCCGAAUGAUGACCACCUACACGCGUCGUGGCCCAGGUCAAGCGUACCUGAAAAACGUCUUGUCCGAAAAGAUCAACAGUCUUGUGGAACACAAGGAUCUGAACCUUGAAAUUAAUCCUCUCAAGGUAUAUGAACAAAUGGUGGCCCAGGUCGAGCACGACAGCGGUCAUUUACCACCGGACAUGCCCCGCAGUGUCACACCAGAGAUCGCCGCCGCCAAUCCGAACGUUCAGGCGAUCAUUCAGCCACGACUUAAAAUGCUGAUGGAGAUUGCUGAGAGCUUCUUGACAACAAUCAUUGCUUCCACUGACGCUGUACCAUACGGUAUCCGCUGGAUUUGCAAACAGAUUCGAUCUUUGACUAAACGAAAAAGCCCCAACGCCUCAGAAUUCUCAGUAUGCUCCAUGAUUGGCGGUUUCUUUUUUUUACGGUUCAUCAAUCCGGCUAUUGUCACACCGCGCGCGUAUAUGCUGAUGGAUAACGUACCCAACAAACAUCCUCGACGUACAUUGACCUUGAUUGCAAAAAUGCUACAAAAUCUUGCCAACCGGCCGUCCUAUGCAAAAGAAAGCUACAUGUUGCCAACAAACCCGUUUGUCGAAAGCAACAAGCAGCGGAUCAACAAAUUUCUAAACGAACUUUGCGAAGUCAGCGAUUUUUAUGAAUCGUUAGAGAUGGACCAAUACAUGGCCCUUUCGAAAAAAGAUAUUGUGCUCAACAUUACGCUGAACGAAAUCUACAGCACUCAGUCACUUGUUUUGCAGCAUCUCGAUACGUUGGCACCCAAGGAAAAGGACCACAUCCGUGUUUUGGUGAACGAAAUCGGACCUACCGUGAGUCAGGUUUCGCGUAAGGAGAACAAGACGAUUGAACUCCCGUUGUUCAGUCGCUGGGAGGUUCCUAUCCAAGAUCUAACGACAGCAUUAAUGUCGGAAAACAAUAUCACACAAAACGACAUCCUGUACAUGGAGACGAAAGCCAUCUAUGUACAGCUGAUCCGAUCUUUACCGCACCUAGCAGCGAGCCUCACGCUCGAUCUCGACUAUAUCGCCGAAACAGCAGCAACAACAAAGGAUCCACAGCUAGUGCGCAAGGGCAUCAAAGUCAAAGACAUGCUUCGUGAGCUGGAAGAUGCUGGCAUCAUUGACCACCGCGACCGCUACAAGUUGCUUGUUGAGGAGAUCACUCAGGAGCUGACCCAUCUUGGCAAUCUCAAGGAGAAGGUUGUUCAGGAACUGGAGUCGUUGGAAAGCGUAUACAAGACCAUCAUAGACCACAACACGUACCUGCGUGGCCAAUUAGAAAGCUACAAGGCAUACCUACAAAACGUGCGCAUCCAGAGCGGCGGUGAAAAGGCAACAAAGAACUCGGUCGGUAUUGGUGUUGAGGUGGAUGGUGCGCCCAAGAAAACUCGCAAGGCGCCUACUCAGGGGCCCGUCAAGUUCUCCCACAGCCAGUUGGAGAAGGAUGGUGUCAUUUCCGAAAGUACUGUGCCUGAAAGUAGGCGGGCGAAUAUCUUCUUUUCAAUCACAGCGCCCUUACCGGGCACUUUCAUUAUCGCCAUGCAUUUUAAAGGUCGAGAAAAGGCCAUUUUGGAAAUGGAUCUCAAGCUGGACGAUCUUUUGGAAAAGGUAUCUUUCUCUUUCAGCAGCAACGAUAAGCACCUAUCAACGACAGCAAAACUGAAAUGUAUUUUUUGUUCUUUCUAUCUAGCAACAAGAUAACGUGGAGCUCCUAGACCUUGAAUAUGUACGCUUGAACGUAUCCAAAAUACUGAACUUGUUAAACAAGACGUUCGUCACCCGACAAAAG